AGCAGUCACCUACAACUCAUAUAUUUUUUAAAAUGAACAAAAAAAUAAUAUUUUGGUUGAAAGAAAAAUUAUCAUGGCGUGAAGUUUUGUUGUUAAAAGUUGCGUAAUGAAUUUUUUUGGAUUUGUCAGCAUACCGUGCAAAUUGUCAAAAAUAGGAAGUUAUAUUUAAAUAAUGAUGUUUUAGGCAAUCUUAAUCUAAAAUGAAGCAUUUUCUUCUUUCCAAAACUUCUAAUAAUGGGUGAUUUAGACAGAAGUUUGACAUCUAUGGACUGGUUACCCAGACUUAACGUAAGGGGCUCUUUAAAUGGAGCUGAUGCACAUGAUAAUCCUGUGACUUGUGAAAGCACUAGAAACUGUAGACAAAAAGAUGGAAAACCACCUUAUAGUUACGCAACAUUGAUAUCAUAUGCUAUAAAUAGUUCCCCUUCGAAAAAAAUGACAUUAAAUGAAAUUUAUAAUUGGAUUUGUUCAAAUUUUCCAUAUUAUCGAGAAGCUGGUGAUGGAUGGAAAAAUUCCAUUAGGCACAACCUUUCUCUGAAUAAAUAUUUUAGAAAAGUUCCUCGCCCAAAAGAUGAUCCUGGAAAAGGCUCAUACUGGGCAAUAGAUCAUGCACCUUCAGAUAGUGAUGAUUCACGAAGAAGAAAAUGUAGGCAACGUGAUAAGGUUUUCCCAUAUAGUUCUGACAAUGGCUCAAGUAAUACUGUAUCAAGUCCUGUUCAUUGUCAUCAGAUGGCAAAUGUCUGUUCGCCACCUGGACAUCAAAUGGGGACUCAUAUGAAUGCUGAAAGAGUAGGCGUUUCCAAUUCUCACCCACCUUUCCAUGACAUGGGUCAUGUCUCUAGACAUAUGAUUUCUCAGCAAGAGAGACUCAAUAGUUGUUGUAAUCAUAACCAGCAAUUUAAUGGAAACACAUCACAUUCUCAAGAUAGAAUACCUGCUUCAGAUUUUGCUCAAAGUUUGGAUUGGCUUAGAGAAAACGCAAAAAUGUCCAUUAAUGGUUCUGUACAGAAUGAUUCUGGUUACCAAGGUUCAGAUAAAAUGACAACUGCAGAUUUUGUUCAAAGUUUAGAUUGGUUGAGAGAAAGUGCAAAAAUGACUGGAAAUGGUGGCUUACAAGACAUUGAUAUGUCCCAAUUUCAAGAAAUGAUGGAAAAUUUAAAGUCAAAAGAUCCAACAAUGUCUGUCCUAUCUCCAGAUCAACUUGCAGAUUUGAAUUCUUCUUUAAAUGCUCUAUUCUCACAGUCAGGAGUUAUGCAAACUGCAUCUCUUCCUACUGCUAGCACUAUGCAAAGCUGCUAUCAAAACACGUGUAUCGAAACUAACUAUUCAAGAGAUUCUUGUAUGCUUUCUAAUGUACCAGUUUCCAGCAAUUCUCCUCAUGCAUUUUCUGCAGAAAGUAGCAAUCUGUCUUAUCAAUCACAAGCUGAGACAAGUCCAGUGCCAUUGCCUUCUCAUAUUUCUUUAAACUCUUCAGUUCAUACACCAGGGUCUUGUACUGGUGAUGAUAAUGAUGAAAUUGAGGAUGAUUUUAAUUGGGAUAGACUUUUGUAAUUUAAACAAUUGAUAUUGUCUCUAGUUGUACUUUUCAUCAAAUUUAAAAAAAAAUUAUAAAUGUUAUAUUUUAAAUAUUUUAAAAUGUUCAUUGUUACCAUAGAAUAAUUAAAUUUGCAUUCUCUGGUACUACUUACCUUCCAUUUGGAAGCAAAUGAUUUAUCGCUUUAAUCAAAAUAAUGCAAAAUUCUUUUUGUCUUCAUUAGAUUUAUUAUUGUACUUAAUUUUUGUUUUGUUACUAACUUUUUAACAGUGAUUUUAACAAUAUUUUUUAACUCUUUUUGGCAGCCUAUGUUGGUCUUUUGUGUUAUUGCUGUUAGUAUUGACAUUGAUUUAAGUUUUACAACCACACAGCAGAAUUUAAAUCUUGUCGGGGAGUUGUUAAAAUUAUCACUGAAAUAUCAUUGAUCUCAUUUUUUGUAAACACAUUGUUCAAUUAUGUUUCUAGUAUUCAAAUAGUAACUAGUAAUUCCCAUUUCCAAAAAUAUUUGUUUUAAAUAUUUUUUUUUCUUUAUGUAUUUCAAAGAUUUCUCUAACUCCCGCAUUUAUGCAAUUUUUUCGUGCCUUAAAGUUCAAAUACGAAUAUCAAUGCACAUUAUAAUUCAAUUUUUUUAAAGUAUUUUUUUUUCUGAACGCUAUGAGGUAUUUUUCACUCUUCACAAUAAUAUUUAUACUAAGUUAGUUUAGGUAAUUUACAGAGUAAAUUGUGUGACACAGAGCAAGACACAGCACAUUCUGAAAGCUUUCAAAUUGUAAGCAUUCGCUUGAUUGUGAACUUCUAUUUUCAAAUUCAUAGUUUCUUCAUGAGGUUAUAAUAUUCUAUAUAGAAAAGAUUUGUUUUUAAUAGUUAAAAUAAUUUUAACUGCAAAAACUGCACUGUAGCAGUUAUAAUGCAAAAUUACCAUCAGCCGCAGGACAUUUUAACAUAACAAAUGACUAUUAAAAGUUUGCCUGCUAGUCGCCACCUUUUUUUUAUUAAAAAUUGUGUAUUUCAUUAUUAUUUUUUAUAAAUAUAUAAUUAUUAUAAAUAUUAUGUAUUGCCCUGAAAAUUACUUUAUUUCAUGCUUGUUUCUUAAAAUUUUUUUUAAUUUUAGAAGUGCGUCCUGUAAUAUUUGCUAUAUUUUAAGAAAUGUUUUAGAAGAAAUGCUUUAUACUAUUAAUAUCCACAAUUUUUUUUAAUCAUUUAAAAUUUUCAAUUUUUGAAAAAAUGGCCACAUGCUUCAAAGCAUUUGUUAAAACAACUAAACACUAUCAAGUAGCAAAAUUUCCUCACUUUGCCUUAUAAUAACAGUACGUUUAAAAAAAUUAAAUUUAAACUGGUCUGUCAAAAUUGCACCAAUU